CUAAAUACUAGGGGAAGUUCUUGGUACUUGAGAUAAUUUCCAGCGUCAAUAUAUACCCCUGGUACUAACAUGAAGUUUAGUGUGUAAGGACUUGUUUGUUUGAUUAGUGAAAAGAUGAAGGUUGCUGCAGAAGGCUGCAACUUGCUGUUGUUCAUUACCUCUUACCUUUUACUGAUCUCAGGGCUUGGUGUCCAUUCUUUGUCUUAUGAUCAUUCUGCUACCACAAAGGCAAUAACACUUUCCUUACCAAUAGUUUCAUCAGUUAAUACACAAACUUAUUUGUGUUGCCAUUGCUUUGAAAACAAGCAGUGUUUGGCAGAACCUCGGAGAGCACAGUAUGGAGGAGGCAUUAUAGUAAAUCCAGGAUUUGAUCACAACAUAGAGGGUUGGACAGCAUUUGGAAAUGGAGCAAUCAAGGAGGUAAUGUCGAAUGGAGGCAAUAGAUUCAUUGUUGCUCACAACAGAACACAACCAUUAGAUAGUUUCUCUCAGAAGGUCCAACUUAAGAAAGGAAUGCUGUACACCUUUUCUGCUUGGCUUCAGGUCAGUGAAGGAAGUGACACUGUGUCGGUUAUGUUUAAAACAAAAAGAAAUGAAAUGGUACGAGGUGGCCAAGUGAUAGCAAAGCAUGGAUGCUGGACCCUUCUAAAAGGCGGCAUAGCUGCAAACUUUUCAAGCCCUGUUGAAAUUCUUUUUGAGAGCAAGAAUUCAGCUGAGGAAAUAUGGGCAGACAAUAUCUCUUUACAACCAUUCACUAAAAAGCAGUGGAGAUCACUACAAGACGCCAGCAUUGAGAGGGUACGUAAGAGGAGGGUGAGAUUCCAGAUAACUCAUGUAAACGAAACAGCAUUGAAAGGAGCUAAAGUCAUCACCAGACCAAUAAAGCUGAACUUCCCAUUUGGAUGUGGAAUGAACCAUUAUAUCCUCACAAACGAAGAUUACCAGAGUUGGUUUGUGUCAAGGUUCAAAUUCACAACUUUCACCAAUGAGAUGAAGUGGUAUAGUACAGAGAAAAAGCAAGGCGAGGAAAACUACACUAUUGCCGACGCCAUGCUGAAAUUUACCCAAGAGAAUGACAUUUCUGUGAGAGGUCAUAACAUUUUCUGGGAUGAUCCAAAAUAUCAGCCUGAUUGGGUUAGGACCCUAUCACCUGCGGAUUUAACGAAAGCAGCAGCAAAAAGAAUGAAAUCUGUGGUUUCAAGAUACAAAGGAGAACUGAUUGCAUGGGAUGUGAUGAAUGAGAACCUCCAUUUCCACUUUUACGAGGACAAAUUCGGUGAAAAUGCCUCUGCAGUAGCAUAUGCAACAGCUUAUGAGCUUGAUCCAGAGCCAAAGUUGUUCCUGAAUGAGUUUAACACCAUUGAAUAUAGUGGGGAUGAGGCUUCCAACCCAGCCAAAUAUAUAAAGAAACUUAAGGAGAUUCUGUCAUUUCCAGGAGUUUCUGGAAUGUCAGCAGCAAUAGGGUUGCAAGGCCAUUUUGCUAGUGGCCAGCCAAAUCUUGCAUAUAUGAGGUCAGGUCUUGAUCUUCUUGCUACAACUGGACUUCCAAUAUGGCUCACAGAAGCAAGUGUGGAUCCACAACCAAGUCAGGCAGAGUACUUGGAAGAGGUACUAAGAGAGGCUUAUUCUCAUCCUGCUGUUGAAGGGAUUAUAAUGUUUUCUGGUCCAGCACAAGCUGGUUUCAACGCCACGACGCUAGCCGAUGAGACUUUCAAAAAUACUGCUGCUGGAGAUGUUGUGGACAAGCUGAUUCAAGAGUGGGGAACUGGGCCUAAUAUUGCCACAGCAGAUAGCAGAGGAAUUGUGGAUAUUUCACUGCACCAUGGAGAUUAUGAUGUAACUGUUACACAUCCUCUAAUCCACUCCCCUAUAACGCUGAAUCUAAGUGUAAAGAAAGAUUUUUCACUAGAAACCAUUCAUGUGAAAAUGCAUGCAUAAAAUGUUAUACUUCUGUUGAAGCAAGCCGUCAUUGAUUGCAUAUGUAAAUUUGAAUGAUUGUAAUAAAAUGGCUUGCAGCAUUGUGGUUGAUUA